ACUGAGUUUAUACAGUUGACAAUUCAAAGACCAGUUAGGAAAUAGUCAAAGUGCAAAAUACUUUCUUGAUGCGUAGAUAUGGCGGACAACUCCUGUUAUGUUGUUCAUCAUGCUCCUGAUUACCAUCUUGGAGGCAAAGGAAGGAGUCAUUUAUCAUCUAUGAGCAAAAGUGAAACUAAAUAUGCAUCAAGACAGAACCAGGAGUCUGCAAGACAGCCAUCACUGGAUAAUUCUGAUGAUGAAAUGUUGCGGUCUUUUCUGCCCAAAAGCCAGCAGACCAAAAUUGAAAUUACAGAAAGGCAGAAUCAGGAGAAUGGAGGAAAGUUGGACAUUUCUGGUCAUGAUGAAUUACUAAGGGAUGCAACAGAAAAAUUAGCUGAAGUGAGAACCUUAGACAUGGGUUCUGGCACAUCAGAACAUGCGGCUUUACUGAAACUGAAGGCCUCUGGGGGGCAGCCUCAGAAGUUGCACGAUGAAUUGGCUGAUUUUGAGGGUGAAGUCUCACCUGUUGAGUCCCAGAAAUCCAUUGUUUCAAGGAGGCACUUGAGGAUGAUCAUGGAUCUUGAUGAUGAUGAAUAA